AUGCUCCGCCCUCUUUCGCUCCUCCGUCAGCAUCGUCUGUCGCUCCUCCGCUCUGUCUGCAGCAUGUCCGCUCCGCCCGCAGGUUCCGCCGCCCCAACACCCUCAAACACGCCGAUGGAAGACGCAAUCCGAGCAAAGAUCCAAGCAGCCCUUUUACCCACCACCCUCACGAUCCGCAACGACUCACACAAACACGCUCACCACGCUCCGAUGCGCGGGGUGACUUCCAAAGAAACGCAUUUCAAUGUGACGAUAGUUUCCUCCGCGUUCGCAUCUAAACCGCAACCUGCGCGGCACAGGAUGGUGUAUAGUUUGCUAAAGGAUGAAAUGGCGCAAGAGGGAGGGAUACAUGCGCUGCAAUUGAGGACGAAGACGCCUGAGGAAGAGGCGAGAGAAACUAGGCCAACGACUUAG